ACUAUUCCUAGUAAUAUACAUACAGUGUCAAACAACGAUUGGAACUUGCGACUCAGAUAAAAGUUCGCUUGAUCAUGGACAACGACUACGAAUUUGUUCAACUGUCCAUGAAUGCAAUUGAAGGUAAAUCAGAAAUGGUCCUGAACUAUGCAGACAUUCAGUUCAAAACUACUGCUCAGGAUCCACUAUUCAACACAAAGCUGAGUGCUUCGCAGGACCAGCAUUCCGACGACGAAUCUGUGAUUUAUAGUGAAAUGCAAGGCAGCGACGUAUAUGUAAACGUGUUAGCUCAAAACACAUCAGGUUAUGAUUCAUUUGACGAUACUUCAACAGAUUACGAGGAUGUUCCUGAUGAGAUAGCACCAACAAUUCCGCAUUUAGGAAGUAAGGUGAUUGAGGAAAAUAUAAAAGUAAGUGCUAAAGAGGAGAAAGGCGCCUAUGGCGAAUACUGUCAUUUAGAUCCUUAUAAAAAAAUUCCAGUUCUUUUAGCCAAACAAAAAACUGCAGUUAAACAGAAGAAAAAGACUGAAAAGUUGACGUGUACCGACAUAACAACACUUGAAGAUGGAAGGAUGGUGGUAGUUACAGAUAAUGGUAAAAUCAUUGUUCUAAGUUCUAAAGGAAUGUAUUUGUUUAUGGAGACGUUUGAUGGGGAAUUUGCGAAUUGUACUGCUGUGGACAAGGAUGAGAUAGUUGCGGCAUGUGGUUAUCGAGUCCGAUUUUUCUCUGUACACGAAACGGAGAUAAAAGAGGAAGAAGAAAAAUGCAUCGAUUUUCAAUACGACUGGACAACAGUGCAUGGAAUAUCAUACAGUAAUAACAAACUUUUGAUGUCCUGUAACUUACAAAGUGUAGCCUCCACACAACCACCAACAAUUAAAUUAUAUGAUAUGAAGAGAAAACAAUCAAAAACCAUUCACACACUACCAUUUACCUCUCCUGGUAAAGUUCUUUUAACUCCACACUUAAAGAAGUUUUUUGUAGCAGAUCAAGACAAAAAGACAGUAACUUGUGUAGAUGACCAUGGUAAAUUAAUAUGGGAGGCCAAGGACAUCAACACGCCUAUAUCGUUCACUAUAGCGGAUGAGAUACUCGCUGUGGCAUUCAAAGAGCGUCAGGAAAUAACGUGUUUUUCUGCAAUGAACGGAACUAUACUAAGAACGAUCAAAAUGGAUGUUAGCAUACAUAUACCAGCAAAAAGAUUUGUGCUAACCAACAAUAUCAAGGAAAUAAUUAUUUGUCCUUCUGAUCGUUUUGUGGAAGAAAAAAUUAGUUUUGUUUUCUUUGCGCCCAUCAAGCAUACUAGAAAGCAACAUCUGAAGAAAAAAAUUUCCAGUAUGAAACUUCUUCCAAAAAUGUUUCGCAAAUGACAUGAAUAAUACAUUUUUCUUUAGUACAAAGUGCAGUAAACGCGGAAGUGAUAACUUAAUGAGAAUAGAUAAAACGCAAGUGGAUAGAAAAUAGACAAUCCCAAAUACGUUUCCUUGUUUUGUAUUUACACUUUAUAAAGUCAUGUACUUCAUUCAUUGGGUGUACUGUGGCAUUUCACAAUAAGUGUCUUAUGUAAUCAAAUAACAAACUCUUUACUAAAUGUGCAUAGACGCAUAUUUGAAGUUAAUAUUUUCUGUAUAAUAUCACGACUUAUAUAUUGCAAUAGCAUUUCACACGAAGAUAUACAUGUAUUAUAUCCAAAUUUUAUUUUAUAUUUCAUUAAAAUCUCUUCGAUUUUAUAUAAAAAUCCCACAAAGAUUGAAAAUAUUUGCUUAUGAAAAAGCAUACAUACACUAUAAAGAACAAAAACGAUAUCAUUUUCUCAUACUUUAACAAUUUUUUUUAAUAUGGGUGGUUCUUCGCUCUAUUUUUUGAAAGAUAAUCCUAAAAGUUUGCAAUAAAAUAUACAUUUUUUGAUUUACAUAAACAUGGCGCGAAGACCCACUAUACCUUAAAAGUACACUUUUAUGGCAAAACAUUCGCAACUUUCCGAGAAAUACUUCAAGUCCAUUAAGUCAAGGGUCAUAUCACAAACAUGAUUUAAAUACCCACAAUCAUCAAGAGCCGUGUAGCAUAAUAGUAAGCGCGAUAGUCUUAAAACAGUGAGAAAUUUCGGAUUUUUAUUGCUAGGGUUCGAAUACCACGAAUACGGUCUGAUAUUUUUAUACAAGAAAAAAAUUAUCCAGAGAUUUUUUUUCUCUCGGAAAAACGUUUUUUUUUUUUUUGGUUAUAAUUUCAUAAAUUUAAACAAUGAUAAAUUUAUUUAAAUACUUAAUUCACUAAUAAUAUGAUUUCAUAAUAUUUGACACUAUAGACAUUCUGCCUGCCUUAUCCCCAAUCUUCUUUGUGAACGUGAAAGGACGUAUCAAUCAAACCCGUCAAGAAAUUUGUAGUGUCAAUAACUUUUAUAUAAAAUAAGAUUUUUAAUAUAUUUUUCGUGGGAAAUGCUAUUUCAAUAUAUAAGUCGUUGUAUUAUACAAAAAACUUGAAAAAACUGCAAAUCUGUGUCUAUGCACCUUUAAGAGCAAUCUAAUAAAGCGUCCAGUUAAGAACAUUUUUCUCAUGGGAAGGUAGUUUUCCACUAUACAUGUACGACUUAUUUUACUUUAAGUAUUAGUUAUACACAUGAACAUUUAAAAAAUAAA